AUGCACGCUAUGCUCAAGUCAGGUCUGAGCACGGCCGCCAAGGUCUCUCGCUCGCGCUUCACCGCCGGUGCUGUCCGUACGCUAGCCACCGUCUCCGACUCGCCCGUUCAACAUGGUGCUUCCGGUUCCAGCAGCCACAAGGUUGUCGUCAUUGGUGGUGGUUCAGCUGGUAUGGCUGUGAGUCACCAGCUCAUUCGAUCCGGUGCCUUUUCUCGGGAUGACAUUGCCAUUGUUGACCCUUCCGAAUGGCACCACUAUCAGCCGGGUUGGACUCUUGUAGGUGGCGGUCUCAAGGACAAGCGUGAUCUUCGCCGACCUCUCGCCUCCCUCCUCGAUCCUAAGCUCAAGCACUACGCUUCUUCCGUCGACACAUUCGCCCCUGACCAGAACCAGAUCACCCUCGCAAACGGCAACACUAUCGCAUACGAUCAGCUCGUCGUCGUCCCCGGUCUUAGCAUCAACUAUGACACUAUCAAAGGGUUGCCCAAAGCCCUUGCUGACUCUCACUCGCUCGUCUCCACCAUCUACGGCUACAAUACAUGCGACAAGGUUUUCGACACCAUCUUGAAGCUCAAGUCGGGCAAAGCGAUCUUCACUCAGCCUGCCGGUGUGAUCAAGUGUGCCGGUGCACCUCAGAAAGCCAUGUGGUUGGCAUUGGACCUCUGGAAGAAGGAUGGUCUCUACAACUCCGCUGACCCUUCCAACUCGCCUAUCUCGAUAGACUUUGCUACCGGUCUGCCCGUCAUGUUUGGUGUCCCCAAGUACAGCGAGCGUCUGAACGAGCUUCGUCAGCAGCGCGGUGUCGAGGGUUUGUUCGAGCACGACCUUGUUGCGAUCGAAGGCAACACUGCUGUUUUCAAUCGACCCAACGGUGCCGAGCAGGUGCGAAAGCAGUUCGACUUGCUUCAUGUCACACCAAAGAUGGGUCCGCUUGCAGUGAUCAAGAACAGUCCGUUGGCAGAUGGAGCUGGAUUUGUGGAUGUCGAUCAGGGAACAACACGACACAAGAGAUUCGACAACGUGUGGAGUAUUGGUGAUGCUUCUUCGUUGCCCACCUCGAAGACGGCUGCUGCUAUCACGGCUGAGGCUCCGGUAUUGGUGCGUAACUUGGGUCAGGCGUUGGAGGGUAAGGAACCUGAUGCGGCGUAUGACGGAUACACGUCGUGCCCAUUGCUCACUGAGUACGGCAAGGUGAUGCUUGCGGAGUUCAAGUACGGUGGCCAGCCCAAGGAGACCUUCGGUUCGCUUUUUGGUAUUGACCAGGGUGUGCCAAGAAGGGCAUUCUAUCAUUUGAAGAAGGACUUGUUCCCUUGGGUCUACUACAACUCGUACGUCAAGGGAACAUGGAGUGGACCUAAGGGAUUCUCUUUCCUUGCAGCGCCAAUCAGCCCAGAAGCUGUUGCAGGCAAGCGUUCUUUCUCUUCCCUUAGCAACUCCCGCAACAGCAACACAAUCCCUGGCUCGCGACGAGGCUUUGCAACCUCCAGCGUCGGUCUCCGCAACACCCCCGCUCGUCGACCACGCGAUCCCCUCGACGCUUCCCCCGAUGCUACGCGACACACCCUCCCCACAGGCGAAACCUUCAUCGUCCGUCCUCCCCCCACCGCCACCCCCGUCCGCUCCACUAUCUAUCAACCUCAACCCCUCCUCAACGCCCAACCCUCCUCUCCCGCCGACGAAUCUUCCCUCCCACCCGCACUCCGACCUCGCUCGCAUUGCGCCUCGUCACAGAACAAAUCCUCUGCUAUCACACCCAAGCAGAUCGCAGAGAUCCAGCGCCUGAGGAAACAGGACCCAAUCGUCAACACCAAAUCCAAACUUGCACAGAUGUUCAAUUGCAGUCCACUCUUCAUCUCCAUCGUCGCACCCCUACCUAAAGCGGUGAAGCAGGUGAAGAAACAACAGGAUGAUCUGAAGAAGCAAUCUUGGGGUCUGAACAAGAGAGUUGCUCGUGCUGAGAGGGAGGAACGUCGUUUGCUCUGGUAG